CGGAUGCACCUCACGACAAAUACGAGUGAGUGGCCGGCAGGAGAAAUGGACGUGGGGGCAAUCGCGAUGUCAUGAUCACUCCCCGCUCUGUUGUUGUUUGAAGAUGCUCGGGCAGGCAUCUGUGACAUCUAAACAAAGCUCGCGUUCAUAAGACAAAAGGAAGAGCCGAUCGGAUGCAACUUGCCUCGAUCAUGGACCCCGCACAGGACGUCGAACGACUCAUCCCUCUUAUACGCGAUGCACGCACCACGAACGACGUCUCAGUGGCCAUGCUGACUGUCGUGCUUCUUGAGCAUGUAUCCACUUUCGAAGAGGAGAUUCGGCUGAUCUGGAACACCCGACUCAGUCCAGCGAAUGUCUUUUAUGUCAUUGUCAGUUGCCUUGUGUAUUCAUUCUUACGCUCCCUCAAGCGAUAUGUAAGUUGUGUAGAUCCGCUAUUUCACUCUGGUGGCCAUCGGGUACGUGAUCUCAUCCUUGAACCAACCUGGAACGCUCAUCUUGUGGCAGCGUGGACGUGUCAUGUAUGCCAUCCGAUGAAUUUCUCGUCCUUUCUUACACCGUUUCGCAGUCAUGCUACGCUCCUAAAACUCGGACAAGUUGUGGGUCCGGCAUUUGACUCUCCAUUCACCACGCUUGACGUCUUAAGCUGCCAAACAAUUGUAUUUGUAGAGCUCGCAUCGUCGACCCUGAUCCUCGUCUUGACUGAUAUCAUUCUUGCCCUCCGGGUGUGGCUAUUGUACCACAGAUCGCGCAAGGUGCUGUACUUUCUCGUCGGUCUCGUCACUGGCAACCGAGGCAACAGCAAUGGCCUUAUCAGGGUGUUAUGCUAUCCAGCCACUCGACAGUGUGUCCUCUUCCGUUUCAUUCAAGGACCGGCCACUAAGUGCUGUACAGCAUACGUUUUCGUUGGACCGGCUCUCCAAGGCUGCUAUUCCCUGGGUCCUUCGUCUUUCUCGUCACGAAACACCCUGAAUCUCACGCGUUCACACAGAGGUCCCGCGGCUGUUCACCUAUUACGCGCUUCCGACAUACAUAGUCAGCAUCAUCAUGUUCGCCAUGACCUUGCUCAGAUGCCGCUCUCUCGGCUGGCGCCAGACAUCUGUGAUGUCUCUGUUUCUGAGGGACGGAGUCUUCUGGUUUCUCGCGGCGAUCCUGGUCAACACCGUCGAGAUCGUGCUAUGGCGAGACUCCCGGGCCAGUCUGUCAGAAAUUCCGGUCAUGUGGGUGACGCAACGACCCUUCCCUGUCCCGCGCACAGUAGGCUGAUGAUUGCGCGCAGUCCGCCGACUUCGAUCAUGGCUCUCAUCGGGGCGCGAGUGCUCUUGAACAUCAAGGAAGUCGUCACAGUCGCACCCCACGACACCGAGAUCCCGGCGUUCGAGAGGUCGGACCGACAUUCCUCCGGAACAGCGCGGGCUUAA